CUUGGCUCACUGCAACCUCUGCCUCCUGGGUUUAUGCGAUUCUCCUGCCUCAGCCUCCUGAGUAGCUGGGACUACAGGUGCGUGCCACCACGCCCGGCUAAUUUUUUGUAUUUUCAGGAGAGACGGGGUCUCACUGUGUUAGCCAGGAUGGUCUUGAUCUCUUGACUUUGUGAUCACUCGCCUCGGCCUCCCAUAGUGUUGGGAUUACAGGCGUGAGCCACCACACCAGGCCUCUUAUCUUUCUUUCUUUCUUUUUUUUUUUUUGAAACAGAGUUUCGCUCUUGUUGCCCAGGCUGGAGUGCAAUGGCGUGAUCUUGGCUCACUGCAACCUCUGCCUCCUGGGUUUAAGUGAUUCUCCUGCCUCAGCCUCUCGAGUGGCUGGGAUUGCAGGCAUGCCCCCAUGCCUGGCUAAUUUUUUGUAUCUUUAGUAAAGACAAGUUUCUCCAUGUUAGUCAGGCUGGUCUCCAACUCCCGACCUCAGGUGAUCUGCCCACCUUGGCCUCCCAAAGUGCUGAGAUUACAGGCGUGAGCCACCGCGCCCCACUGGCCUCUUAUCUUUCUAUUGAUAAUGUAGAUGUUUGUAAAUUUCCUGUGACUUUUUUUAUUUUGUAUUCUGAAGAACUUACAUACCCAAAUAGAGUACAAAGUAAUUAACUUUCAUGUGCCCACCACAAGCUUCAAAAAUUACUAACAUUUUGCUAUUCUUUACAGUUAAUUUUAAUGUUGAAAAUACAGAGAACAUAUGAAAAUAAGUAACAUGAUGGAUAGAAUGACAGAAGACGCUCUUCGCUUGAAUCUGUUGAAGCGGAGCUUGGACCCAGCAGAUGAGCGAGAUGAUGUCCUGGCAAAGCGACUCAAAAUGGAGGGGCAUGAGGCCAUGGAACGUCUGAAAAUGUUGGCAUUGCUCAAAAGGAAGGAUUUGGCAAAUCUUGAGGUGCCACAUGAGUUACCCACCAAACAGGAUGGCAGUGGUGUCAAGGGCUAUGAAGAAAAACUUAAUGGGAAUCUCAGGCCUCAUGGAGACAACAGGACUGCUGGAAGGCCAGGCAAAGAAAACAUCAAUGAUGAGCCUGUGGAUAUGAGUGCUAGACGGAGUGACCCAGAGCGAGGAAGGCUAACUCCCUCACCAGACAUCAUUGUUUUGUCUGACAAUGAGGCUUCCAGUCCCCGUUCCAGUUCCAGAAUGGAAGAAAGACUCAAAGCAGCCAACUUAGAGAUGUUUAAGGGGAAAGGCAUUGAGGAACGGCAGCAGCUUAUAAAGCAGCUGAGGGAUGAGCUACGAUUGGAAGAAGCCCGACUGGUCCUGUUAAAGAAACUGAGACAGAGUCAGCUACAGAAAGAGAAUGUGGUCCAGAAGACUCCAGUUGUACAGAAUGCAGCAUCUAUUGUUCAGCCAUCUCCUGCCCAUGUGGGACAGCAGGGCCUAUCUAAGCUUCCCUCCCGGCCUGGGGCCCAAGGGGUUGAACCUCAAAAUUUGAGAACAUUACAGGGUCACAGUGUCAUCCGUUCAGCUACCAAUACCACCCUUCCACACAUGUUGAUGUCUCAACGUGUUAUUGCACCAAACCCAGCCCAGCUACAGGGUCAGCGGGGCCCACCUAAGCCUGGCCUUGUACGCACCACAACACCCAACAUGAAUCCCGCCAUCAAUUAUCAACCGCAGUCAAGUUCUUCUGUUCCAUGUCAGCGUACAACAUCCUCUGCCAUCUAUAUGAACCUCGCUUCUCAUAUCCAGCCAGGGACGGUGAACAGAGUGUCCUCGCCACUUCCUAGCCCCAGCGCCAUGACUGAUGCUGCCAACUCACAGGCUGCAGCCAAAUUGGCUCUUCGCAAACAGCUGGAAAAGACACUCCUGGAGAUCCCACCCCCUAAACCUCCUGCUCCCUUACUUCAUUUCUUGCCUAGUGCAGCCAAUAGCGAGUUCAUCUACAUGGUAGGCUUGGAAGAAGUCGUACAGAGUGUCAUUGACAGCCAAGGCAAAAGCUGUGCCUCACUUCUGCGGGUUGAACCCUUUGUAUGUGCCCAGUGCCGCACAGAUUUCACCCCUCACUGGAAGCAAGAAAAGAAUGGUAAGAUUCUAUGUGAGCAGUGUAUGACCUCCAACCAGAAGAAGGCUCUAAAAGCUGAACACACCAACCGGCUGAAAAAUGCAUUUGUGAAAGCCCUACAGCAGGAACAGGAAAUUGAACAGCGAUUACAGCAGCAGGCAGCCCUCUCCCCCACUACGGCUCCAGCUGUGUCCAGUGUCAGUAAACAAGAGACCAUCAUGAGACAUCAUACGCUUCGGCAGGCUCCACAGCCCCAGAGCAGCCUCCAGCGUGGCAUACCCACAUCUGCCCGCUCCAUGCUUUCAAACUUUGCACAGGCACCCCAGUUGUCUGUGCCAGGUGGCCUCCUUGGUAUGCCAGGUGUCAACAUUGCAUACUUGAAUACUGGCAUCGGAGGACACAAAGGCCCCAGUUUGGCAGACCGACAGCGUGAAUACCUUUUAGACAUGAUCCCUCCCCGGUCUAUAUCGCAGUCCAUCAGUGGACAGAAAUAACGCCUGUUCCACUUGUACUGCCCCAUCCUUGAAUCCUUUAUCCCUUUCCUCUUUCAUUCCCCCAACUUCUGUCGCAUGCAGUGCCUGUACUGGUGCCUACCAUACACGGAAAGCAAAACAGAAAAACAGAAGACAAAAAAUAGAGAUCAGCAAGAAAACACACGCCCUGCCCUGCCACCUCCCCUUUAUUUCACACUGCUGCGAUCUGUUCUUCUGCCGCUCUGUCUUCUCUCUUCAAUUUUCUUUAACAGUGAGGUGGAUCUUUACCUCUGAUAGAGGUCAGAAUGAGGUCCUGGGGAGAAUCUAAGCCCUCCGAUGUGUGUUUCUAAAGUUGUUUUAUGCUAUAAUUAUUACCAUUUUUAAUGAUGUUGUGUGUCCUCCCUUUGUUCAGUGGACGGUUAAACCUUCCCCCACUCAACCAAUCUUUUUCUUUUUCCUUUUCUUCCUUUUUUUUUUUUUUUUUUUUUUGUAAACACAAAUGACAUUCAGUUCAAUGAUACGAGCAUUGCAGAUUGCAGUAGGGGUCCCAGCUACCAAGUAGGACAUGACUAGGAGUGUUAGGGGCAGAAGUUUUGAAUGCACUUAACCGGAGGAGGGCGCAGGGUGGGGGGUAUCAAAGAAGGACGAAUAGCACCCUACCUGUGGGUGUUUGGGGGCUGGACAGUUUGGGUGGCAGUGUUUAGUACUGAAGUUGGGCUCUAAGAAUGAGGGGAAAGAGCCUGGGGAGGAGCUUAAAACUCAACCACUCUGGAAUUUACCCAUAGAAGACGGGAAGAAAGAGGUAUGAAGAUGGGCUCAAUUAUGAGCCAGGGAGGAUUGAAACUAGGUCCUGCCUUUCUGUAUCUUGGGGAAAUAAGACCGAUCUCCUGACCCCAUUGGGAACACGGAAGUCUAUUCCAGGCCAACCAGCCCAAAAUUAUUUCAUCUUGUAUUCUUUGUAAAAUUCUCCCUCACCCCACCCUGCUUUUAAAAAUUCUAAUCUAUCCCCUCUAACCAUAGCCCCAUCUAUAAUACAGAGGAACGGCUGUUCCAAGGCUGUUUGCUGGGUGUCCCACAAGUUGGGUGGACAUAAAUGAGUCAAGUGACAACAGGAGGAAACAGACUUAGAGGAAAGAAAGGAUUUCUCUUCCAACAGUUGAGAUUCGCAUAUUUGCCUAUUCUUUCACCCUCUGAGUGCCAGGAGAUGAGAGGCUGGGGGUACACAAUCAGGUUGGAGUCCUGUCCUUACUCUGCUGCACCAGCUGCAGAACCAACUGCUCAAAGCCAAGCAGCUCAUGGCAAAACCAGCUUAGGACCUCUGCUGUACAAAUAGUUGCUUCCCACCGCCCCCCGCCCGCCCCCAGAAUGAUAUUAAUUUUGCCUUUUUUUUUUUUUUUUUUUUUAAAGCGCUACUAAUGUAGAGAAUGAAUUGAAUUGUGCAAUGUUGCUGUUCUGGGGACUGGGGAGAUUAGCAUCCCAUUUGCCCACACUGUGGGAAGACGGAGUGGACCAGGCUGUUUUUGAAGUAAGGGAAGCCCCUUAAAGGUACGGGUUUCUGCUCUUCUCAUAGUGUACACCCACCUGCCUCUCUGGCUCCAGAAGCUGCCAGAGUGCACUGGGGGGAAUGUUCUCAGCAGAGAAGAAUGAGGAGAAGUUUAAUAUUUUGCCCUUGAAAGUCACCUGAGGAAGUUUCCCCACUUUUAUUUUUUAAAAUUAAGUAAUUUUUUAAAGAAGGCACUUUUAAAAUUAACACACACAUGAACUGCACACCUUCCCCAUAAAAUUUGGAGGUGGGGUGGGAGAAAGAGCUAAAAUCAGGCUCAGUUCCCCUACUCUGGCCUCUACUCCCCACACCCCAAUGCCACUGUGGGUGACUAUACUGGCCCUACGGGCCUUCCUGGCUUUUUUCUUUCCUCCCUUCCCCCAAAAUUCAUUGAGCACUUAAAGGAGCAGAGAUGCAGCCAGUGUCUGGGCUCCCCCAGUGGUGAAAUGAUCUGGAAGCUAGAUGCUAGUAACAGGUAGUGAUUGGGUUUUUUGAGUAUUUUUCCGGGGAAUGUGGUACCCCUGACUGUAAGUGGUGGGAGAGGGAGGGGGGUUAAUGGAACUGGGUCUGGGAUUAUUUUAAAAUUAUAUAUAUAUAUAUAAAGAUAUAUUCUUACAUCUUUUCUUUGCCCUCUGUGCUUUGAAAGCACUGGAUAAAUUGUUUGGUUUUGCUUUUCUCUCUUCCACAAAAUUGGAAGCUUUUUUUAAAAAUAUUUUCCCCACAAGUCAUCUUGCCUUGUGGCAUGUCUGUCUAGCCUCUUCCUCCCUCCCUCAUGAUGAAGUGCCAUUUCUGUUACGUCUCCCUCUCCCCAAGCUCAGAGGUGCUCAGAGGUACGAGAUGCCCAAGUUUGUCAGUUGAGAUUAAAAGUAAGGAACAGAGAAUGUGCAAUACCGUCUGGCUGGGGGCUGUCCCUGCCCUGCCCUGAGCUGAGUCCUUUCCCUGGGAGCCAGGCCACCUUAGAAUGGGGUUUGGAAGUAAGAUGUAUAGAGUUGGGGAAUCAUGGAGAAGGAAAGCCUAUAGUCGAGUGCCUGCUUAGGUGCUGAGGUCACAGGGGAGAUGGUGGAAUCUUCCCUGUUUUUAUCCCCUCAGGGUCAGUUACAUAGAAGCUGCUUCUUGACUAGUAUAGCUCGGUGACCCUUUGUUCAACCGCUGAGGUUUGAUUUCUUACCCUUUCUUCUCCCCAUUUUCAUACUCUUCCCAGGGAUUAGUGAUGGAGGUGAGGUCUCCCUAAUCAUGGUAAAGUGUUAACCUUCCACCUCCUCCCUUCCCUCCUCCUUCCUCAUCCUUCUGUCUUCCUCAAUUCUCUGUCUCUUUUUCAUCACUGAUUGCCUUGUGUCCCUCCAAGUCUACUUGUUAAUAUCCAUCUCCAGGCUCUGGGCCGUGUAGACACUAAACCUCAUGCCCUAAGGACAGGAGGAAAGACCCUCUGUUUGGAGCAUUAUUAGUAGAGUGAGGAUCCCACCAGUUCUGCCUGGCUUCCUCCAUCCCCAGAGGCACUAAAAGCAGUAUUUUAAGGUUGGUGUCUUACUCCCUAGAAGCCUGAAAUGGGUGGAAUAGCGGUAAGGCUUGGGUAAAACUAGGGGACAGAGGUUCUUAUUUGUCGAUUUUAUUUUAUAAUUUGACCACAGCAUCUGGACUCCCUCUCUCCCUGGAAUAAGUAUUUUUCCCACAUUUUUGGAUAUAUGUAUUUAUCCCACAUUUUUGGAUAUAUGUAUGGUAGACAAUUUUUUUUUAAGACACAGAGAUAAAUGUUUUCCUGCUUUGGUUACCUUUCCUUUCCCCUUUAAAAGGAAUUAGCUAUAGAACUGCUUUGUAAAGAUGCUUCUUGAUAUUUUACUUUUGUUCCUUUUCCCUAAUCAUUCCCUUUUCUCCCCACUCCUCCAGAAGGCAUAACCCUUCUCUCCACACCCCCUACCCCCACCCCCGUCCUAGGCUCCCAUCCUUUCCAUCAAGACCUUCAUUAGCUUAUGAUAUUUGCUGCCGAGAUGUUAUAACAAGGACUCGUUCAUGUAUAUAAGCUAUUUCUUGAUCCAUUUAAAAGGAAUUGUACAUUGUGUAGAAAAAAAAAAAACCUGAAAAAGAGAAAAAAAAGCCCUAGCCAUGGAUAUUGUGAAACUGUGUUAUGUCAUUUUGUAAUGUGCCCGUUUGUGUAUGAUCCGUGCAAAAGGGUUUCUGGGGAAGGGGAGGGGGUAGGGAGGCAGGGCUGUGGAGGGUGGGUAGGGGAGUGGGCCGGGCCCAGCACACUGAGACUGGCAGCUGCUCCAACCCCAUCCCUCCUUAGAGAUGCCACCUCCCCCACCACCCACCCCUAAUUUGUGCCUUGCCUCCCCACCCUGGAGUAGUCCCUCCGGGUCACCAGCACUGCCUUGGCAGAGCCCACUCCCUACCCUAACCUGCCCACCCUCCCUAUCCCCCAGCAUUAGGUUGAUACUGUGGGGAAGUGCUGGGGGCUGGGAGGUAGCCGAGGAAUGGGGCAGUUCCCGGGGGCAUCGAAACCAAGUAUUAUUAUGAAUUGUAAUUGUAUUUGCACUGUUUUUUUCCUCUGAUUGCAUCAGCAUAUAUACAAUAUACCUAUAUAACAAAA